ACAAACACACACGCACACGCAGGACAGGGCUCACUAGCGGCCGUCGGGUGAAUGUUUACCGAACAAGCAUAGAGUGGUGGUGCGGAAAGUGACAGUCACACUGGAGCCUUGGUGUAUGGUGAAAGACAGGUGAUUUCUGCUUCCACGGUUGCAUUUUACAGCGGAAUGUUCACUCGAAGGGGGCAUGGGGACGUCAAGAAAUCUACACAGAAAGUUCUGGACCCAAAGAAGGAUGUUUUGACCCGACUGAAGCACCUGCGGGCGCUGAUAGACAUCAUUGACAAGAGUGAACUAAAGGCAUUCUUUGAAAGCAACUGCUCACAGAUUUAUUUUAUCUUCUAUGAAAAUUUCAUUACACUGGAAAGCAGCUUAAAACAAAAAGGGAACAAAUCUCAAAGGGAAGAGCUGGACUCUAUCCUCUUUAUUUUUGAAAAAAUUCUUCAACUUCUGCCUGAGAAAAUCUACAACAGAUGGCAAUUUCACAGUAUAGGUUCUAUUCUGAAAAAACUUCUGCACACUGGAAAUUCAUUUAAAAUCCGCUGUGAGGGGAUCCGUCUCUUCCUGCUGUGGCUUCAGGCUCUACGGGACAAUUCAGCCGAGGAGCAGUUCCUUAUCUUUGCCUGUCUGGUCCCGGGAUUCCCUGCUGUUCCCUCCUCUAGAGGACCCUGCACACUUGACACCAUCAUUAACAACCCAUCUUCUAAUACCCUAGAAGCCAAGGUAGUGCCUGAGGAGAUCACUCCGUUGGUUCCAGCUGUGUCUGGAGAGAAGGUUGCAGAGGACCUGACUUGUUACUUUCUUGAAACACUGCUCAAGUACAUGGUUAUCCAGGCAUCCAGUUUAGAAUGGAGGAACAAAGAGAAUGAAGACACAGGCUUCAGAUUUCUCUUCAGUCUUUUCAAGAAGUACUAUCUUCCACAUCUAUUCCCUUCUUUCACCAAAUUCACAAAUCUUUAUAAGCCUUUGUUAGAACUCCCCCCGCUCAGAGCGAAACCCUUGUAUGUGCCGGUGACGAGGAACAAUGAGAGCACCUUCUGCACCAGGGAUCAGUACUUGGCAGCCAGGGUAGCCUUUAUCACCUGGCUGGUCACUUUCUUCCUGGAGAAGAAGUAUGUCAACAGUGCUGCUGCAGCGCAGAGCGCCAAGAACGGCACUGAGGUCAUUCCCAAACUCAUCCAGACUGUCACUGCAGGCGGUAGCAGCCAGGAGAAGGAGAAAGAUAAGACUACUGAUGGGGAUACUAGUGGACCACCGGGGGAUACAGAAAAGAGCCACUCUAACAGCAGCACGCUGUCUGAUCGAAGGCCCAGUGAUUCCAGUUUGUGUAGCAUUGAGGAGGAGCACAAGCAUGUCUAUGACAUGGUGCACUGCAUUCUGCUGUCCACAAGGGACAAUGUUAAUUUUGUCAAUGAAGUCUUCCACCAGGCCUUCUUGUUGCCGGCUUGUGAAGCCUCAGCAACCAGGAAGGUUAUCAAAGUGUACAGAAAGUGGAUCCUGCAGGAAAAGCCCGUCUUCAUGACCGAGCCUGACCCAACUACCCAGGAAGAUGAAGUGGAUGAAAACUCGGAGCGUGUUCUGAACACAGAUGCAAGCAUCAUGCAUGUAAAAGCGUUUGAAAGUCACGGUCACAAACGCUCGUCAAGCUGGGGAAGGACUUACUCGUUCAGCAGUGCCAUCAAUCGGGGUUUUCUCACAGAGGAGCAGAAUAGAGACGUUAAAGCUGGCAUGCAGCCUACACUACAGGUUUUUCUGACCAACUCAUCCAAUGUGUUCCUGUUGGAGCCAUGCCAGGACGUUCCGAAACUCCUGGAAAAUCAGGUUGAAGUGUGCAAGAAUGUUCUCAGCAUCUAUCGGCACAUGAUCAUGGAGCACAGCAUGACUACACAGACAUGGGAGCAGAUGCUGCAGGUCCUACUGAAGAUCACAGAGGCAGUAAUGAAAAGGCCACAAGAAAACCAAAGAAAAGACAGCUUUGCUGAAAGUUUAGCAUCCUUACUUUUUAGGACUAUUAUUGUGGCGUGGGUUAGAGCAAACCUCAGCGUAUUUAUAUCUCGGGAGCUGUGGGACGAGCUGCUGGCAGUGCUGUCCUCUCUUACCUGCUGGGAGGAGCUGGUGAUGGAGUGGGCCAGCAUCAUGGACUCGCUGACGGCUGUGCUGGCACGCUCUGUUUAUGGCCUGGACAUGGCCAACUUGCCUUUAGACAAACUCAGCGAACAAAAGGAGAAAAAGCAGCGAGGACGUGGAGUAAUCCAGGACUCCCAGAAGGCUGCUGCAGUUGCACGCUCAUUCUCACUGAGCUGGAGAAACCACGGAGAGCAGGGUGGGCCGGUAGCCCAGGAACCCAUGAGGAUUCGCUCUGCCACUACCUCAGGAGCCCCCGGUGUGGAGAAAGCCCGGAACAAUGUCCGACAGAAGGCCUCCGCUAAGCGAAGCCAGUCCAUCAGCAACUGUGUCCAUCUUUACGAGGCUUUGCCCACUACUAAAAGUGUUCCUAUGCUGCUCCACACUGUGAGCUCUUUCUUGCCUGGUAUCUCUUCUGGUAAUUCUGCUUGCUCUCAUAGACUCUCAGAUGUGGAAGAAUGUCAGCUCUCAGAAUGUGGAGGAGAAGAAGAGAUGGGGGGCAGGGAGAGUCCUCUGCAGCGGAGCAGCAGCACAUCAGACAUCACCCAGCAGCUGUCUGACACUUUACCAGCCCAGAAGAGAGACUACUCCCCCACUUCUUGUGGUUCAGAGGGCAGGACUGAGAGCAAUGAGCCACCAGUGAUAUUUAUCCGACGGAGCAGCAGUCCAGCUGAGACAGAGUCAAGCACUGACGGACCCCCAACCUACACAAGACACAAACUUCGAGAUAAAAGUGAAAGUGUGAGUAGCGAGACAUCCAACGGUUACCUCAAUGAGGCUGAAGUUACGUGGCAAACAUUUGAUGAGGAGGCCGACACUCAGUCCACGCAGUCGGCUCACAUGGACGUUACGGCUGACCCCCAGAACCAAGGGAGUUUGCUGCUCAGCCACAAUGAUGCUCUGGCAGGUCCUGAGUGUGCUCUCCUUCCCCACUUUGCUCCUCCCUACCACCACAAUUACCACUACCCCCAGAACCCCCCCUCUUCACCAGCCCUGCUGGUGCACACAGAGUGCCCGCGGGACUGUCCCCUGGAUGACACCAUGCAUCAGUCUGUCUUGCACAUGCCACACCACUUGGACAGCAGUGAGUGUCUUGCCGAUGAUGUCAGUAUCAUCGCUGGAGGGACGCUGACUGGUUGGCAUCCUGAUUCAGCUUUUGUCCUGUGGAGAAGGAUUUUGGGCAUUUUGGGAGAUGUCAAUAACAUACGAUGCCCUAAGAUUCAUGCCAAGGUUUUCUCCUAUCUCUAUGAUCUCUGGCACAAGCUGGCCAAGAUCCGGGACAAUCUUGGGAUCAGCGUGGAUAACCAGUCCUCUCCUCCCCAGCCUGUGUUCAUCCCUCCUCUUCGAAUGCUAUCAUCAUGGCUCUUCAGGGCAACCAUGCUCCAAGCAGAAUACAAGGCUGGCAAACUGCAGGCAUACAAGCUCAUCUGUGAGAUGAUGACCAGACAGCAAGACGUUCUCCCCAACAGUGACUUCCUGGUGCACCUGUACCACGUCAUGCACAAGGGCUUCACCAGCGAUGACCAGGACGUUUUGAAUACCAUCGUCCGCUCCUGCUCGCCCCGCUUCUUCUUCCUCGGUCUACCAGGUUUCACAAUGCUGCUUGGAGAUUUUAUCACAGCUGCUGCCCGUGUUCUUUCUUCUGACUCCAAAGAGGCUCCAAGGAUGGAGGCUCAGACAAUCUUGGGCUCUCUUGUGUGUUUCCCCAACCUGUACCUCCAGAUUCCUGUUCUGCAUUCUGUGCCUGGCUCUAAUGACAUCAGUGUCAGCAAUGAGGAUAUCAAAAAUGAUCUGGUUAAGAAUCUUCUGGGUGCAGCCACAAAAGAAUAUUGUGAAGGAGCAAGGUGCAUUGCUGUAUGCAGCCUGGGCCUGUGGGUGUGUGAAGAGCUCACGCAAAAGAACAUUCACCACCAGGUUAAAGAUGCCAUCAAUGUUCUGGGAGUAACACUAAAGUUUGGAAACAAAGUAGUGGCGCAAGUCGCCUGUGACAUGUUUCAACUGCUGAUUUCUCACUGGGAACAUCUCCAGCGGCUGGAUCCAACUCUUCCCAAGAAGAUAAUUGAGAUCUUUGUGGCUACAAUAGCCUUUUUGUUGCCAAGCGCAGAGCACUCGACAGUGGAAGCAGACAAAAAGAUGAUGGUUUCGCUGCUACUUUGCUUGCUGGACUGGUGUAUGGCUGUUCCCAUGAGUCUGCUGCUAGAACCCAUCACCAAGUCGUCUUUGGAGCCCCACUCACCCAGCAAGGCCCCGCUUCUGGACUAUAUCUACAGGGUGCUUCACUGCUGUGUGUCUGGCUCCAACCUGCACACCCAGCAGAGCCACUACCUGCUCAGUCUGUCGGACUUAUCUAACGAAUACGACCUGAUGUUGGGUCAGGUGAAGAGCUUCGAGCCGCCGCCCUCCCAAAUGACCACAGCAGAUUUUGGCAACCUGUUGACAGUAGCUGAGGAGAAGCGCCGUCGAAACAUGGAGCUCAUCCCUUUGACGGCGCGGAUGGUCAUGACUCAUCUGGUGAACCAUCUUGGCCACCAUCCCCUCAGCGGUGGCCCAGCUCUCCUUCACAGCCUUGUGAGCGAAAACCACGAUAACCCGUAUGUGGAGUCGUCCGAGCUGUCCUCUGAGGUCUUUAAAAGCCCCAACCUGCAGCUGUUCGUCUUCAACGACAGCACACUGGUGUCCUACCUUCAGAUCCCAGCCGAGCCGCCCACCACAGGUCAACCCCCGCACCCUUCCUCCCAAGUUCGCAUUAUCGUCAGAGACAUUUCAGGAAAGUACUCUUGGGAUGGAACGAUUCUGUACUGCACUGCGCAGGAGGACCCUGAUGUGGGUACAUUCCAUCCAGCUGACCCGCUUCUUUCAAAAACCUCUAAUUCACACAGCAGAAACCAGCCAACCUCUCCGCUGAAAGGACAUUACAAAACUCAGUGCUCCGUCUCGGACUCCCUCUCUAACUUCUGUGAAGAGGAUGAGGUCGAUGUGCUGGAUAAGCUGUUGGAGGACCUUAGCCACAGCAGCCCAGAAUGCCUUCCUCAGCCACGGCUCCAGCUCAAUCAGCCAGCCCCGUCACCUCAUGGCAUGAACUUGGAACAAGAGAACGCUAUACUGGAGGGCAUUCUCCGUCAGACUCAGCAGGAGGAGGAGCAAGUCAGGAAGUGGGAUGCCGAUGUGAGCUUUCGGGCUGCCUGCCAGAGGGAACCCUCCCACCAGGAACCAAAAGCUCCUUUUUACUUUUGCAGACUGCUUCUUAAUGAUCUGGGCAUGAACUCAUGGGAUCGCAGAAAAAGCUUCCACUUGCUGAAGAAAAACUCUAAACUUCUAAGAGAGCUGAAAAACUUGGACUCCAGGCAGUGCCGAGAGACGCACAAAAUUGCUGUGUUCUACAUCAAAGAAGGCCAGGAAGACAAGUGCUCCAUCUUGUCAAACUAUGCAGGCAGCCAGGCCUAUGAAGACUUUGUGUCUGGACUGGGAUGGGAGGUGGACCUAGCCUCACACUGUGGUUUUAUGGGAGGACUCCAAAGGAAUGGCAGCACAGGUCUAACAGCUCCCUAUUAUGCUACCUCCACUGUAGAAGUCAUAUUCCAUGUAUCCACGCGGAUGCCAUCUGAUUCUGAUGACUGUCUCACCAAAAAGCUGCGUCACUUGGGCAACGAUGAGGUGCACAUCGUGUGGUCCGAGCACACCAGGGACUACCGUUGUGGCAUCAUCCCAACUGACUUUGGAGACGUGCUCAUCAUCAUCUACCCAAUGAAGAAUCACAUGUAUUUUAUCCAGAUCAUUAAGAAGCCUCAGGUUCCUUUCUUUGGACCUCUGUUUAAUGGCGCCAUCGUCACUGGAUCGCUGUUGCCAAGUUUGGUACGAGCCACUUGUAUUAAUGCCAGCAGAGCUGUCAAGUCCCGGCUGACUCUCUACCAGAGCUUCUACGAAGAGCGAGCACUCUACUUGGAGGCCAUUGUUCAGAACCACAGAGAGGUCAUGACCUUUGAAGACUUUGCUUCGCAGGUCUUCUCUCCCUCCCCGUCCUAUUCUGCGAGCGGAACAGGAUCCCUCACUGGCAGCGUGAGCCCCGAAGGUGGAAACCCCAUGGCGGACUCGGCCGAGCAGGUGUCUCCCACCCUCCCUCGUUCCACCAAGCAGAGAGUUUCGGGAAAACUCCGCAGAUCGGCGAGCGCUAUAAGCAAAUCUUCAAACUAAGCUCUUCAACCUGUCCACUGUCCUCAAGAGUGAAGCCUUGAAUCUGCUGUGGAAGAACCUCAAACACCCUGCCGGGACUGCAAGAUUGUUAUAUUUUUGUCUUUUUUUUUGUGUGUGUGUCGUAUAAACGUUAAUUUGAGCGUGGCGUCAUUUUUAAUUUAAGUGGUUAUUGAUGAUUUUUGUCUCACAUUUCAGUUUGCUUUACUGGCUUAAUUGAGACAGGGCACAAGAUUAAACGAUGUUCAUCAUAGGAAGACUUCAGAGUCUUAAUGCAAUCUGUGAUCCAAGUGUGACUUUUUAUUCUAAGACUAGAGCUCUUUGAAAGCGCUAGAAAAACCGAUGUUCUUACUAUAGUAAGGAAAUGGGAGACUGCUUCAAGCUGUUUCAUUGUCAGAUAAUUCAACAUUUUAUGUGAAGCACUGAAUGACAGUUUGUGCUAAACUUGCACAGGAGAUUGGUGUCCUUUUAGAUAUUUGUCUUUUACCUCUUUCCGCAGCCGCCACUGCCUUCCUGCGCCAGUUACUCCACAUCCGGUGAGGUCUCAAGCUCUUGUCUUCCUCUGUAGCACCGGUUCAUUCAACGUUUGUGGAAGACUGAUUCCAUUUUCGGAAACUUUUCCAGGUGGAUACGUAUGCCAUUCACGACCACACCUGGGCACAUGGUCUCUGUAGUGUCUGAGUUGAUUUUUUUUUUUUUUCCUUUCUAUUUGCUUUUUUUUCACCCCAUUGUACAAUCGAUGGCAUCCUUGUGACUUGAAAUGAAAUUUUUUUUUUUUUUCUUUUUACCAUUCUAAUUUUCCACUUUAAAUGGAUUCCAAUAGAUUUUGUCACUGUUUGAUUUAUGCAACUCUGCUGGAAUGAGAAAAGACCACGUUUAUAAUCGUUAUAUGAUGUCAUUAACCUGGGCUUAUGUCCGGUAAUUGGAUAAGUUUCCUCCUGUCUCUUUCCUCCGCCAUCAGUUUGCCCUGUCCUAUGAUGACACUGACAUUCCAACAUUCCCAACCUACCAGUAUGUUUUGCACUCACUCAUCACUACCACUGAAUGCUCCUCUUUUGUUGAGUUUGUUUGGGAUUCAAGUUGCUUUCAUUUGUUUGUUGUUGGUUUUUUUCCUUCUGCAUUUCCUAAAUUGAAUGAAUUGAUGAAUCAUUUUGUUGUUGUAAUAUGAAUCCUGUGCUGUUUAGAGGAAAAAAAAAACGCCAAACCCUCAGGUGAAACUUUACUCCAUGCACUGGUGUGUGUGUGUGUGUUUGUGUGUGUAAAUAUGUGUGAAGUAUAUGACAGUUUAGUAUUUUCAUGUACUCGGGUCUCUCUUAUGAAGCUUGUCACAAUACCUGUGUAAAAAGAAAUGCAGAUGGGUCUCGAGACGCACCAACAUGAGCUUUGUGGCUGAUUUUAUCACAUCCAGAUUUUUCUUCGAGAUCUAUGAUACAAUAGCCUUCAUAGUACUUUUUCUAUUCUUCCGGCUUUGACUGGUUGCUGUAAAACAAGUUUGAAAGUUGUAUUUUUUAUAUUUUAUUUUUAGAACGGCCAAAUGAUUGAGUUGACAUUUAAACCUGGCUUUUCAGACUGAGAUUAGCAAUUAGCACAGUUGGUACAACUAGCAUUACUAAAACCACAGACUCCUUGCAUAUUUCAAGAAAAUGUAGAUCCUUAACUCAGAUUUUACAAUGCAGCCAGCUUAAAAGAUAAGAUGAUGUACAUCUGGUUCUUGAGAAUUGAAUUAUGUUUUCUCAACUUUUGGGAAGAAAAAGCUAAAAGUCCUGUUUUUUCUCAUUUUCAUUCAUUUCAAACUGUGUUUUAAAGAGUCGCUCUUUGCUAUAGAAUAAUCCGGUUCUGGUUUGAGCAAUUGUUUUUAUUUAUCAAACCUAGACUCAAUAAACAGUUAAAUUGUCCUUUAUUUAUCACCACUGAGAUGAUUCAAAGUAGAAAUAGGAGAAAUAGAGUCAUUUUAAUAUACACAAAAUCUGAAUGCCCUGCUGCAAAUACUUUCCAAGACACAACAUCCAUGACAGACUGGCUGAAAGCUCAAAAGGAUAAAACAAGCAACUCUUUUAUGACUUCAUUACUAAAGAACUUAUUGAGACUGGAAAAUGGCAAACUUUGAAUCUUCUUUGUUCAGUAACAGCAUCCACACCAAAGUGUGGUGUUGCUAGAUAUGGUCCACUAGAAAGUAAGGUUGCGGUUAGGGUUUGAUGGACGACUGCUUCGGUUGAAAAUUGCUGAAAAAGCUCAUUUGUUGGUGCUUCUCUGAAUUUAAGGCUUCUUUUUCCACCGUGUUGAACAUUUGUUGAUCAUCUCGUCGGUAUAAUUGGUCCUGCUCCUCCAUCAUCUCUAAACAUCCAUGUCUUGUGCCUCCCACAAAAACAACAGAUGGAUUUCUUUUCUUUUUUUUAGCGUCUUGCUCCAUCUUCAUCUCAGAAUGGAGUGUAAGUCACUCCUGCUCUUUCCCAUGAUCCUCUCUGUCUCCAUGUGUCCUCCUGAGGCCCCGGCUGCCUCGGAGGGGGUUGAGUUUGGGUUAAGGUGGCGUGCCAGAGCUGAACUCUCACCAGGCCUCUUAGCAACAACCAGACCAGAAGCGCUCUCGACCUGCAAGCUCAUGGUCGUCAUGGCAGCCAGGUGUCCAACCCCCUCCCUCCUGCACUCACACUUUCUGAGAGCUCCACCCAAGCUGCAACACUAUCCCCAUCUGUUGCACUGCUAUGCCUUACCGUCUUUCUCCAAGAUCUCACCUCCUGUUGUUUGCUCAUUCCUACAGCAGAAUAUGGGGAGUCCAAACAUCAGGGGGUCUCGCAGAAAUGUUGCUGUGCUUUUUAUUUGGUUGUCUUUUUUUUUUUUUUUGAAGAAUGUAUGAACUUGUAGGCCUGGAUCGCAACUGUGGUUUUUGUUUUUCCCCCCAAAGUCUCUCGAAGGAAAAACCGGCUAUGUGGAUCUAAAGAUUGUAGCUUGUAGAAUAAUGUGUUUUAAAGGGAUGUUUUGCUCCUCUUUUAGUGGCUUCGUCGCUGGAGGUGUUUGGACCAAGAUUGUGUGUCUUAUAUUUGUGAAGAAAAUGAGUUAGUUCUUAGACGUGCUAUUUUUCUCUUCUCGUUUUAGAAAUCCUUGUACAUUGUGUCAAUUUCAGGGGCCUCAUUGCCCUCUUAAUAUAAAUAUAUUCAUGCCUGUAAUAUAAUCUUUGUAUAAGAAAGCAAAAAAAAGCUUGAAGUUUUCAUCAUUUGUCAACAUAUCAAAACUGUUUUUAAUGACCGAGGUCCUGCUUUCUUCACUGGAAAUGUGAAAAUUGAAGCAUUUCAUUAAAUCGUUUUUAAAAUUCUA